GAAUCACUUGCUCUCUGUUUUGUUUUAGUCUCGGACUUGAGGAAGUGAAUUCUACAUUGAAUGUAGUCAGUGCGUUUCAAAUUAUAUGUAAAUAUCCGGGUUUUAACUUUAUAGUUUCGCAUCUUAACAGUUAUCACAUUGAAUGUGUUGCUUGUUUCGGAACCGACUGUGUGGCUAACGGUAACUUAGAGCUAACGUGACCGUCACUCGACCAGGAUAUUAAACGCAACACAAGCCCAACAUCUAAAGCACUGAUGCUGAAGAAAAAGAGAGGCCAUACGUGUUUGCUAGCGUCCACCAUGGCUUCAUUAGUUGUGCUCAUGAUGGUGCUAUACGGAUGUGGCACCAUUGGCACCCAGCCCGGCAGCUCCAGCCUCAGACAUGACUACCAGCUGCUGGGCAGACCUCUGUACAAACUGGACCUGAGCUGGCCCAAGAACCCGGAGCUCUUCACCGGGGAGGUGUUCGGAGUGGCUGUCAACCAGUAUGCUGGUGUAGUGCAUGUGGCACAGAGAGGUAACAAUGUGCCCAAGGUGCUGGUGUUCACCACAGACGGAGAUUUCCUUAUGUCCUGGAACACGACCACCCUGGAGGUGCCUCAUGGUAUAUUUGUAGCAGGCGCUGGCUCAUCAAACCCCACUGUGUGGAUCACAGAUGUGGGGAACGGCCCUUACGGCCACUGCAUCAAACAGUACACCCCAUCUGGGAAGCUCCUGCAGGUUCUUGGUACGCCAGGGAAGGCAGGCUCUGGGGUGAACCCUCUGCAGUUCGACCAGCCGGCGGAGAUCUUCGUCCACGACUCCGGAGAGAUGUACAUCGUGGACGGUGACGGGGGGAUGAACAACCGCCUCAUCAAGCUGUCCAAAGAACAGGAGGUGUUGUGGAUGCACGGAGAGAAAGGACAAGGCCUGGCUCAGUUCUACAUCCCCCACAGCGUGACUGUGGACAACGCCUUCAGGGUGUGGGUGGCCGACAGAGGGAACAAGAGGAUCCAGGUCUUUAACUCCGUUACCGGGGACUGGCUGGGGACAUGGGGGAGCUGCUUCACUGAGGAUGCGCCCUACUCCGUCCGUCUCACCCCGGACAAGAAGUACUUUGUCGUGGUCCAGCUCAACACCAACCAGAUUUCGCUGCUGGAUGCCCCACCGGUGGGUUUGAUUGGCCAGUGCAAUGUGGUCAGUGUGAUCCAGCUGGCUGAGGAAGUGAAGCCCCACCUGGUAGACCUGGACCUAAAGACAGGGGCCCUGUACGUGGCUGAGAUUGGAGCUCAGCAGGCUCAGAAGUUUACCCCCUUCAGUCUGGGCGGGAGCUUCCAAUAGUGCCACACUUUAAAUUGGCAUGACCCAUCAGAAACUAAAUGCACUUAUAAUUUAAAAAAAAAUCAUAUCUUUAUCAGUAUGAUGAACCCUACUUACGCUGCAAAAUCCAACAUCUGAGAUCAAGAUGUCUAUGAUAUCCCACGGCAACCCUGUCUCAUAGAAAUUACAUUUUUAUAGUAAGAGAUUCCAACAGAAUUUGGGUUUUGAAAGAAACAUUCGUCAAUGGAUGUACAUUGCUGGAAUGCAUAUUGAUGUUAAAAAAAACCUCAAAGUGAAAUUUUUAUGCCCUGGGACCUUUAAUAAUCAGUAUUAUAUACAACAAUGGAAGUUAAAGUGACUAAGGAAACUAAUUGAGGUCACUAGAGGAUGUCUGUAUACAUACAGACGUCCUCUAGUGAUAUCAAUUAUUUUUACAAUACGUGUAUUGUAACAAAUUAUUGAACUGGGAAUGGGUUAUUUUUUAUUUGAAUUAAUUAUAUAAAAGGGACAACGCACAUUAAAGCUUUAGUGCGUAAAUUAUCCAUAUUAAUGAACGUCCGUUACAUUCAAGCCAUUGCCAGACGAGUUGCUACAAAGCUAAUUAAGACUAUCAAGAUGCAGAUAUGCAAGAAUCACGGAAGGCUUGUAUCAUGUGGACGCGCUUACAGUGUUGUGAUUACUUAAAAUUCCUCAUGGGGAAGACAGAAACUACGCACUGUAGCUUUAAUGAGCAUGAGCACAGAGCCCAACAUGUAAAUGUGCCAAAUUUUAGCCAUGCAGGUGGAUGGCUUAAAACAUUAUAUAAGCUACAACAAUACAAAACAUACGCAUGAAACAAGAACACACGAAAAAGACACAAUCACUAUUUCAGAUCAUGACAGCUGGCAGGUUGAUGGCAUAUAAAAAGUAAAAAUACUAGUGUCAUGAUUGAAAAGAAACCACUUCUGCUUUUACAAAAUAAUAUGCAGUUGAAUUGUUUUCUUCACAAUACAUAAGGGUAUCAUGUUGUCGAUAAACUGUAAUCAGUAAUUGCCAUCUAGUGAACAUGUGGUUAUGGUUGUUGUUGUUAUUUGCUCUUUUUGAAGUUAUGUGCCAUUUGUAUUUUUUCUUGACUCUGGACUGCUUGAAAAGGCGAGAGUUUCUCUGAGGCUGAGCUGUUUCCUCUCUUCUCUGUAGACAUUUCUCAAUCGCUUUGGCACAACCGUCGAACGACUAUUACUAACUAUAUAUAAACUAUAUAUGAUUAUUUAAAUGAACAUCAGGUCAGUUAUCCACAUGACUAUAGUAAUUUGUAAUUGCUUUGGCACAAAUGCAUUGAGUAAGCCUCGCCGGUCAGAAUAGUUUGCUAUUAAAUUAUAUUAUUCUCAAAUAAAGUUAUACACAUGUGCAUUAUGUAAAUCCCUACAUUUAAAAUUUAAUGCCACACAUACACAUAUAUAUAUUAGAUACAUAAUAGGUGUGUGGUUUAGUUGUAAAGGUUUUUGGAUGAAUAGACUUAGGCAAUAUAUAUGUGUGUGUGUGUGUGUGUGUGUGUGUGUGUGUGUGUGUGUGUGUAUAUAUAUAUAUAUAUAUAUAUACAGUGGCUAGAAUUAGUUUACACACCCAUGCUAAAGUUAAUUAAAAAGAAGAAUAAAAAAACAUCUUUUGGAAAUUGAUCUUAAUGCCUUAAUUCCAAAAAUUCUAGAAAGUCCGACCUUUAUAUACAGUAUGCAUACUUAUGCCCCCCUGUAUUUUAAGGAAGAAUAUUUAUUUAUACAUUAUAAAUAUAUUUAUAUUUAUACAAUACAGUAUUCAUUUACAAAGAAAAUUGGUGUCCUUAAAUGGUUGGAUUUUUAAGGCAUUAAAAUUGAAUUAAGGCAUUAAAAUCAAUUUCCAAAAAAUGUUUUUUUUAUUCCUCUUUUUAAUCCGCUUUAGGAUUGGUGUGUAAACUUAUUCAAGCCACUGUAUAUUGGCCAGAAUUUUUUGUUGGGGGAGGGGGGGGGGCAUAUCAUAGUGGGAGGUCUGGGUAGCCUUCCCCAGGCAGGUUUUGACAACUUCAUUUCCUGUCUUCGGAUACACUGUUAUGCACCAAUUUAAGGUGGAAAUACCUUUUAUUUAGCCUAAGUGAAGAAGAAAAACACUGAUGACACUUCUAAAUAUAUCAAAAAUAUAAUGGAAAGUAUGUUGUUGCGUGUCAUUGGGAAUUUUUAAGUGGGUAUAUGGAAAUCCUGGUGCUUUCGUAGUGGGUAUACUGCUUAUACCU